UCUAUUUUGACAUAAUUCCUGAGACAACUUUCUUUCGGAAAAAACCAUCUUCAAAUGCUCUAUUUGCAGAGGACCUAGAAUUUGAGCAAGAAAUGGUUGCAACUUUUACACACGCUCUCAAGGUGUUUGAUGGAUGGGAUGCUUGAAUGAAUGAAACUUGGCUACUUGGGUUUUCGCAAACCUGCAUCCAUGUCAGAGAUUUUAUGGUUCUUCGGGGUAGCCGCCUGCGUGAAGCUCCUCCUCAUCCCCUCCUACCAUAGCACUGACUUCGAGGUCCACCGCCACUGGCUUGCUCUCACCCACUCCCUCCCACUCGCCCAAUGGUACUCCGACGAGACCAGCCCCUGGACCCUCGACUACCCUCCCUUCUUCGCCUACUUCGAGCGAGCUCUCUCCAUUUUCGCCAACCUAGUCGACACCCAAAUCGUUCACCUCCAAGAGGGACUCAGCUAUAGCUCCGACACUGUGGUUUUGUUCCAAAGAAUCACUGUGAUCUUGUCUGAUUUGUGCCUGUUAUAUGGGGUUUAUAGAUUGACUAAGGAUUUGGAUUCAAGGAGGCGAAUUUCGAUCUGGGUAUUGAUCAUUUGGUCGCCAAUGCUUGUGAUUGUGGACCAUAUGCAUUUCCAGUACAAUGGGUUUUUGUUGGGGUUCUUGUUGAUAUCGCUUUCGUAUUUGGAGGAAGGGAGAGACUUGAUGGGCGGGUUUGUUUUUGCGGUUCUGUUGUGCUUCAAGCACUUGUUUGCGGUGGCGGCGCCUGUUUAUUUUGUGUACUUGUUGCGGCAUUACUGUUGGGGCGGAUUUGUGAGGGGCUUCAGGCGGCUAUCGGUUUUGGGUGCGGUGGUUGUGGCUGUUUUUGCAGCGGCGUAUGCACCGUUUGUCUAUCAUGGGCAGAUACAACAAGUCCUUCGCCGUAUGUUUCCUUUCGGCAGAGGACUUUGCCACGCAUACUGGGCUCCAAAUUUUUGGGUAUUCUAUAUUAUUUUAGAUAAAGGACUUGCUUUUUUCCUUAGAAAGCUUGGGUUUGCCAUUCAGACACCAGCAGCUUCAUUCACUGGUGGGCUAGUGGGGGAUUCCUCGCCUUUUGCUAUACUUCCUCAGAUCACCCCCUUGACAACCUUUACAAUGGUCCUGCUUGCCUUAUCUCCUUGUCUUGUUAAGGCUUGGAGAGAUCCCCGGCCAGGGAUGAUUACUAGAUGGGUAGCCUAUGCUUACACAUGUGGUUUCUUAUUUGGAUGGCAUGUUCAUGAGAAGGCAUCUCUCCACUUUGUGAUUCCCCUUGCCACUGUUGCGGUGCAAAAUUUGGACGAUGCAAGGCAUUAUUUUUUGCUAUCAAUAGUAUCCUGCUACUCCUUGUUCCCUCUCCUGUUUGAAGCCCAAGAAUACCCAAUAAAAGUCCUCUUGCUGCUGCUACACUCCAUUAUAAUGUGGCUUGCAUUUUCUGCACAAUUCACUGAGGAAGAAACUGCGCCUAUAAAGAAAAAAGAUGAUCAAUUGGACUUAAAGAGAAGUUCCAAUGUGACUGCCAAGAGAGGAGAGUUUGUUAUUGGAAGGGUUGAGAAGAGUUAUUUGGUAGGUCUUUUGGCGGUUGAGAUAUGGGGCCAGCUUUUGCAUCCUUUUCUUUUUCGUGAUAAGCUUUCUUUUGUACCCCUUAUGUUGAUCUCUAUAUAUUCUGGAUUAGGGAUAAUGUACUCUUGGAUUUGGCAAUUAAGAUGGAUCAUAAGAUCCCCCAAUAUAUAAUUUCUUAUGUUUGGAUUGCAUGUAAUAUGACAUUCAAAAAGGUGCAUUUUCCAUGUUGAAUGGAUUGAUGGUGAUACUUAAAAGUCACAUUUGAUAA